CGCCUGGCCCUGAGGAUGCCCAGGGCCACCAGCCCUCCGUCCCGCCGGCUUUGGCACCUCCCCGCCCCGUCCCACCCCGGCAGCGCGGCUCCCGAGAACUUUGCAGGAAGUGCCGGGCAGAGCCCAGCCCAGCCGAGCCCUGCCCAGCCGAGCUGUGCCCAGACGCGCUUGUUGAGGGCCAGGGGCCGGAGGACGCCAUCUUUCCUCCUCCUCCUUGUCCCCGCUGCCUUGUGGUGCCGCUGGUUCCUGCCUGCCUGGCAAGUCAGAGCAUGUCCAGACCCCAUGGAGGAGAUGCAGAAGACGGUAGAGCUGCUGAGCCUCUGGGACAAGUGUGUGGAGGGGGCUUCGGGGGCUCCUGCGCUUGCUGGCCCCUGCCUUGCAGGCAACAGACUGAACCUGGAUGUUUAUCCUGAUGGCUGCUGCCAUUUCCUCCAGCUGUUGAAGGAGCAACGGGAAGAGGUGGUCCAGGUCGAGUUCCUUCGUCUCAGCAGCAACGAUUGCCUCAUUGGCACCACGCUGGACAGCCUUCCUCAUCUGCAGCACCUGAAAUCCCUGGUGCUGAAAGGAGGCCAUGCUAGAGAUAAGUUUGGUUCCUGUCAGCAUGGCUCCCUGACGAGCUUGCCACAAGACUUUGGGAAGCUGAAGUGUCUCACCCACCUGGAUCUCAGCUUCAACAGACUCUCCACCUUGCCGAGCUCCAUUCUCCACCUCCCCAGCCUCCGUGUGCUCCUGGUGAGCCACAACAGCCUGGUGGCACUUCCCGAGGACUUUGGCUGUCUUAGCAAGCUGACUUUCUUCUCUGCUAUGAAAAAUCAGCUGGCGGACUUACCUCAGAGCAUUGGGGAGCUGUCAAUGCUGCAGACCCUGGAUCUUUCAGAAAAUGUUUUGCAAUUGCUCCCUGAAGAAAUUGGGAAUCUGCACAACUGCAAAGAGCUGGUUCUCUCUGGGAAUUGUUUAUCGAGCAUCCCAGACUCCUUAGCCAAUUUGAAGUCUCUGCGUGAGCUGCAUCUCCACAGCAAUUUCCUGGUGACGGUCCCUGCCUCGCUUGCCAGCCUGCCCAACUUGUCCAGACUUGAUCUGCAGAACAACUGCCUCCGUGCCAUCCCUGCUGAGAUCCAGGCCUUGCCAUUUGUGGACCUCCAUGGCAAUCCCUUAGGAGAAACUGAACCAUCUCUGCAGGCUGGUGAAUCCAGUGCUAGAGGGCUAAGAAAACUCUUCUGUAGAUUAAGACAGCACAGCUUUCCUGUCACCUCCGAAGGCUGCAAAGUGGUCCUGCCCUGUGACAUCCGUUUCUGCUUUCCAGUGGGGGCUGUCUCUGAUCCUCUCCGGAUCCACUUCCGAGUCCUCAAACCGGACCCUCAGUGGGUAAAGCUUAGACACCAUGAUGUCUUGCUGAGUUGGGUCCUGGAGCUGCAGCCUCAUGGGGUCAAAUUCCAGCAGGAGGUGCAGAUCUGGAUGCCAUUUGUCUAUCCUCGAAUGCUUCACAAGCAUGAGGUGGUAGUUCGGACCUUCAGUGGGCAGAGCUGGAGUGAUCUGAGAACAAGAGUGGAGCAGAAGAGAGGAUUAACGAUGGCUCACUGUAGGGUCCUUCACUUCUCUUGGUUCCUUGUUGUGGGUCGACCUGUGCAAGAUGAAUGCGAAGUGCCAGCAGAGGGGACAUUGCUCUUUUCCAGUGUGGAUCCAGCCAUCAAAGUGAUCUUUCCUCCUGGAGUCACCGAAGAGCCUCGCAGGGUCAAGAUGCAGGUGCUGGAGGUCCCUGCAGAAGUGAUAGACGAAAUCACAGCCAAUGCAGGGUGCAGAGCCAGUCCCCUGCUCUGCCUCUCCCAGGACUCCCUGGUGGAUUUUCUCAAUCCAGUGACAAUUCAGCUGCCCCUCCCACCCGGAGUCACAGGGCUAAAUUUGGAUCAGUUAAGGCUGCGUCUUCUCCAUGGUGACCUGGAGGCCCAAACCUGGGAUGACAUUACCAGUCAGGUGGUGCUGAAAUUCACUCAUAUUUAUGUGAUGUUUGAAGUCACUCACUUCUCCUGGUACUGGCUGUGGUACACCACCAAGACCUGCAUUGAAGGCAUUGCCAAGAAGGUCUAUGAGCGGCUGCGUCUGUACCAGGUGAACUUCAUUGCGCUGCAGAGGAAGAGGGACCCCGAGCAAGUCCUGCUACAAUGUGUCCCCAAGCACAAGGUUGACCCAGUGCUGGAGAGGCUGCAGAACCGCUAUCACGGACCGGAGCCAUCUGACAUGGUGGAGAUGUUUGAGGGAGAGCAAUUUUUUGCAGCUUUUGAGCGAGGCAUCAGCAUUGAUAUGGAUCGCCCUGACUGUGUGGACGGACGUCUGUCAUUUAUUUUUUAUUCCCACUUGAAGAACAUGAAGGAAGUAUAUGUGACCUCCCCUGUGGACAGGAAAGGCCAAGCUGUAAAAGGCCAGGUCUCCUUCUACCGAGGGGCAGUUCCAGAGAACAUCCCUGAAGAUGCCAGCAGGAGGAGGAAAGGAGCAGACUCCCUCUGGCUUGCUACUUUGCCCAUCAAACUACCUCAAUUGAAACCCCGCUGCGAUGAGAAUCCUGGUCCCCUGUGUGGCUUCUCCUUCCCUCCCUUGAACCUGGGCAAUGCUGAGACUGGUUACCUGACACAGGCAAACCUGCUGAGCAUUGCCAGGCGUGUGGGAUCUGACUGGCAGACCAUUGGCCUCAACCUGGGCUUGACCUAUCAGCAGAUUGAGCGCAUAGGGCACAAUAACAGAGACGACCUUGAUAAGCAGAUCCUGGGCAUGCUUUUCUCAUGGGCUCAGCAAAACUCAGAGGAUCCUGACUGUGUGAGCAAGCUGAUUACAGCCAUGAAAGAGAGCGGCCGCCAGGACAUCGCUGAUGAGAUUGAAACCAUCAUUGAUCUGGGACGACAGAAAUACAGCGAGUCCAUCCGCCGCGUGGGCUUGGAGCAGGAGAGCACGGAGGACUCAGCAAUAGCUCUGAUGUAGCACCUAGCAGAAAAAAAUGAGUUUCGUACGGGGUCCCUCUGCAAACCCAGAGUGACAAUGUUUGGGGAUGCUCCCACCUCAAGGGCCAGUGUCUUCCUCGGGAGCUGGGCAUUGAUUUACUCGUGAGCAGACUGCUGAGCUCUCUUGGGUCUGUACUCACAUGCCACUUCUGCCAAUCCCAGGAAGUUUUGAGUGCAUUUAUGAGUGUUUUCUCUGCUUCCACUGCUUGACCUUGAGCUUUAGCUUUCAGAAACGUGGAGAAAUUUAGAGACUAAAGUGUCUGUCGGUUGAGUACUGGUUAGUGUAGUAUUUAAUUAAUUAAUACUCAUGUGACAUGUAUUUAUUUGUAACUUAUUCCUGUAACUGUGUUCUGCUGGAAACACUGGAUAUGAGCAUUUGGGUCCGUUUGUGCUCCAGUGCUUGUUGGGAGAGUGGAGGUCCAGUCAUGAAGGCCUGUGAUGUGGUGGGGACUGUUCAGCUAUUUCUGUUAAUGGUGUGUUUUGCUCACAUGAAAAUGUGAAUUGUAUUCUCAAUGAAAAUGUUUCCUGUUUUCUGUCAAAUCUCUUCUAGUUCCCUUAAGUCCAAACCAAAACCUAAGUGGAAAGGGAAAAAACAAUUUGAUAAAAAUUUUUAGGAAAAUUGCUCUCGUUUUUUAGUUUUGCUCUAAAAGCUAUUUUGAAACAAAUAGGCUGCUGCACCUCCCAGGCUUUUUAGAUGAGACCUACAUGGUGCUGAUCUUUGACAAAAUUCCAGUUUCAUUUUACCAAAAAAAGGUAAAAAUCCAUAACCUGUUCUGGGAGAGACUCUAAUAUAAGUGAAAGUAAAAUUUCCCUUGCAGUUUCAAAGGGAUAGUCCUCACAUCCUCCCAGUGAAAUAUGACUGUGUAGUAGUGAAGAUGUGACCCCUCCUGAAGUUUGGUGAAAAGCAUGACUUAAAUUUGCAUUGUAAAAACUGGUCUGACCAGCUGUGAAAUAGGCACUGUUGUGAGAUUGACAUGAAUUGUGCUGAGCUAACUUCCCAGUUUUUCAGUCUGAGUAUCUUGUAUAAGGCUGGAAGGAUUUACUGCUUUUUAACUGCUCAGUUGUUGACCACUGAGGUGCCCUUCUCUUCCUGUUCCCUGUCUCAUGAUGGCCCUCAGUUAGUGACCCAGUAAUGACAGUGGAAAAUUUCAUGCAAGUUUUUCGAAAGACGACUGUCAUCUAAGUAAAUUCAACUCUUUCAAGACAGAUUUGAAUUCAGCAUAACUCUCUAAGCAUUACUUAAAGGGCUGUUCGCAGUCUGAAAAAAGAAAUGUGUAUAAAAAUGCCAGGUUGCAACACCCAAAGUCAACCUGCAGUUGCAGGUUGGAGAAAUCCUGGUGUUUUCUUCCCCUCGUGAAGUAUCAUCGGUGGCUUCCCUGACGCUGUUUCAGACCUGCCGUCACUAUUAUUUAAAGAGAGGCAUAAAAUCAUUCUACUUUUUUUUUUCAUUUAAGGCCAUUCUAACAUCUCAGUCCACAGGGUGCUUAGUGUCCAGUCCAGAGCACUGGACAGCGACUUACAGACUUGAUUUGCCACCUUGGGCCUAGGGACUUCAUCAGAUUUGAUUUCUUAGGUGCUGUCCUCAAGUCUUAUGCUGGGUUUAAGUCUUCAGUUCUCUUUUGAAUGUACCUUUUCUCUUGUAUUCUGUGUCAUAUGUUCUUGUCUGUAAUUUUAGUGUAUAACAAUGAGUUAUUUGUUCUUUCCUCCAGUUUUGGAGAGAUGCAUUUGGGUGUAUUGCUCUCACUGGGAAUAAAAUAAGCACUCAACUGUUCCACA